GCAGCAUCUGUGUAGUCCAGUCGUAAAUACAGUACUCCGUACAGAAACAAUUAAUUCCGGAUACAAUGUUUAAGCGAAUUACCAUCUUUGCGACCAUGGCGGCCGUUACAUUAGCCAUUCCAACGAAGCAGCCUAUUACAGAGACAGCACAAAAACGAGCCUCGUCUGAUGAUUUGGACAACGCUGCAACAUCCUACACAAUUGCUGGCUCCCCCUCAAAUCGAUACGGACGGUACCUGUCAUAUGAUGGAUAUAAUGGAUACAACGGUUACUCUGGCUACGGAGGUCAAACUGUGGGAUAUCCCGUUGCAUUGAACAAUGGAUACAACAGAGGAUACUCCACUGGCUACAACGGUGGAUUGGCAACCGGAUACACAACUAUUCCUGGAGGGUAUUUCGAUGGAACGGCCACAGGAUACUCGGAUGUUAUUCCCACCGGCGGAUACUCUGGUGGAUACUCCGGAAUUUAUAAUGGUGCUUAUACUGGAUACAAUAACGGCUACAACGGAUAUAACGGAGGUUACACUCAAAACUACAGAUACCCUUAUGCCGCUCCAAGUAACGCUUAUAGCGGGUAUGGAGGGUACAGUGGUUACAGCCCUUAUUACUACACCGUUUGAAAAAAUGGAUCGUUCAAAUCGGAUCAAUUAUCUUAGUUCAUCAAUUUCAAAGACUAUAGGAUAUUAAAUGCUCGAUGUGUUACUUACAAGAUAACGAA